UCCCACCAUACUCCCUUUUCUCCGGCUAACCUACGCCUUACCGUUACAUUGUUCUUAAUUAAUGCUUCAACGCCGCUCACCGCCGUUCAUGGCGGCCGCUGCUCUUCUCCUCUUCCUCCUCCUCCUCUCCGGCGCCACUUUGUUGAUAUUUGCAGAAACCCUACCCGAGAUCGAAGCACUUGUUGAUUUCAAGCUCAACCUCCAUGAUCCACUUGGUGCACUCACCAGCUGGGACGCAUCCACUCCUGCUGCUCCAUGCGACUGGCGGGGCGUCGGUUGCUCCGGCGGCCACGUCACCGACCUUCGUCUCCCUCGCCUCCAGCUACGCGGUGUACUCUCGAGCAAACUUGGUAACUUGCGGAUGCUGCGUAGGUUGAGCCUACGUUCGAACAACUUCAAUGGUAGCAUUCCUUCGUCUCUAUCGAAAUGCGAUCUUUUGCAGUAUGUUUUUCUUCAGUAUAACUCGUUUUCCGGUAACAUUCCGCCGGAGAUCUCGAACCUUAACGAGCUUUUGAUAUUUAAUGUCGCCGGAAACAAUAUAUCCGGUGAAGUUCCCGAUAAUCUCCCUUCAGGCCUACGGUACCUCGAUCUCUCCUCAAACUCGCUUUCCGGCGAAUUGCCGAAUAACCUCUCUGAUUUACCUGAUCUUCAACUCAUUAACCUCUCAUACAAUCUCUUCACUGGUGCGAUUCCGGAGAGAUAUGGGGCUUUACAGAAGCUUGAGUUCCUCUGGCUCGAUCACAAUCAGUUGCAAGGGACGUUACCUUCGGCUAUAGCAAACUGUACUUCACUCGUUCAUUUUAGCGCGGAUGGCAAUGCAAUCGGAGGUGUUAUUCCGGCGGGGAUAGGCUCGAUUCCUAAGCUACAAGUAAUCUCUCUCUCUAACAAUAAUCUCACUGGUUUGAUUCCUGCAUCUAUCUUCUGCAACGUUUCGGCUUAUCCACCCUCGAUUAAGAACGUUCAGUUAGGGUUUAAUGCGUUCACGGAUAUUGUACCUCCUCCAUCUGCUAGCUGUUUUAGUGUUCUGCAAGUUUUGGAUCUUCAACAGAAUCAGAUUCACGGGGGUAUUCCAUCCUGGCUGACAAAUUUAUCUACACUAACAGCUUUGGAUGUUUCCGGCAAUCAUUUGUCGGGUAAAAUUCCGACUGGGAUUGGGAAUUUGUGGCGAUUGGAGGAGCUAAAGUUGGCAAAUAAUUCGUUAACUGGUUUUUUUCCAAGUGACAUCAAACAAAUCAGUAACCUAAGGGUUUUGAAUCUUGAAGGGAAUUUGUUUACUGGUGAAAUCCCCAAAUUUUUAAGUGAACUAAGAGGGCUUCAGAUGCUAUAUUUGGGUGGAAAUCGAUUCAAUGGUAGCAUUCCUCCAAGUUUUAGCAAUCUUCCACUGCUUGAAACACUGAGCUUGAGAGAUAACAGUCUCACCGGAAACUUACCGGAAGACCUCAUGUCAAUGAGCAAUCUUACGACCUUGGACCUUAAGGGAAACAGGUUCUCCGGUGAACUUCCGGUAACCAUUGGUAAUUUGAAAGGGCUAUCAGUUUUGAACUUGGGUGGGAAUGGGUUUGGUGGUAAGAUUCCGGGAAGCAUUGGGAGUCUCUAUAAGUUGAUUUCCCUUGAUUUGAGCAAACAGAAUCUCAACGGAGAGUUGCCGUUGGAUCUUUUUGGCUUGCCUAAUUUACAAGUGAUUGCUUUGCAAGAAAACAAGUUCUCUGGAGAUGUUCCCGAAGGUUUCAGCAGUUUAUUAGGUUUGCAUUACUUGAAUCUCUCUUCGAAUUUGUUUUCCGGCCACAUUCCUUCAACUUUUAGCUUUCUCAAGUCAUUGGUUGUUCUAUCUUUGUCAAAUAACAAUGUCUCCGGCAAGAUCCCACCGGAGCUUGGCAAUUGUUCUGAUCUUCAGAUUCUUGAUCUGGGUUCCAACACUUUGAGUGGGAAAAUCCCUGCUGAUCUUUCACGGCUCUCCCAUUUGACCCAACUCGAUUUGAGCAGGAACAAUCUCUCGGGUGAAAUCCCAUCAGAAUUUUCUGGCAUCCCGUCCCUGGAUUCGGUUGAUCUAAACUCUAACCAUCUUUCCGGCAACAUUCCCGUAACAUUCUCCAAUUUGUCUAACCUCGCUUCACUAGACCUCAGUUCGAACAACUUGACCGGUGAGAUACCAGCAAAUCUUACAGCCAUUUCAAGCUUGAUCUAUCUUAAUGUGUCGAACAAUGACCUGGAAGGGCAAAUACCCGAACCAUUGGCUUCUAGAUUCAACAAUGGAUCUCUUUUUGUGGGUAAUAGCGGUUUAUGCGGGAAGCCGUUGGAUCGAAAAUGCCCGGGGAUAAGCAGUGGUAGUAGGAAGAAAAUGAUUUGGCUGAUUGUUGCGGCUGCUGCCGGAGCUUGUUUCAUGGCGAUCUGCUGUUGUUUCUAUACAUACAGUCUCUUCCGCUGGCGGAAACGGAUUAAAGAACGGUCAAAAGGAGCGGAAAAGAAGCGAACUAGCCCACAAAGAAGCUCGGGGACUAGAAGUAGCGGUGAAAAUGGCGGCCCGAAACUUGUUAUGUUCAAUAACAAGAUCACUCUGGCCGAAACCCUUGAAGCAACCCGGCAAUUCGAUGAAGAAAACGUUUUGAGCCGAACUCGAUUCGGGUUGAUCUUCAAAGCGUGUUACAAUGACGGCAUGGUGUUGUCUAUCCGCCGACUGCAAAACGGGUUGCUUGAAGAGAGCGCGUUCAAGAAAGAAGCUGAGUUGCUAGGGAAAGUCCGACACCGGAACCUGACCGUUCUCCGCGGGUAUUACGCAGGCCCACCCGACCUUCGGCUUCUCGUGUACGACUACAUGCCAAACGGAAACCUCGCGACGUUGCUUCAAGAAGCAUCGCACCAAGACGGUCACGUCUUGAAUUGGCCAAUGCGGCACUUGAUCGCACUUGGCAUAGCCCGUGGACUAGCUUUCCUUCAUUCGACCGCCACUGUCCAUGGCGACAUCAAGCCCCAAAACGUUCUUUUCGAUGCCGAUUUCGAAGCCCAUGUCUCCGAAUUCGGGCUAACACCACUUGCUGCCACGAGAUCACCGGAAGCCACCGCUACCUCCACCUCCGGUUCAGUUGGGACAUUGGGAUAUGUUUCGCCGGAAGCAAUCCUAACCAAGGAAGUCACGGAUGACUCUGAUGUCUACAGUUUCGGCAUCGUUUUGCUGGAGCUCUUAACCGGGAAGAAGCCGGUGAUGUUUACACAAGAUGAAGAUAUUGUGAAAUGGGUGAAAAGACAGUUGCAAAGAGGUCAGGUUUCGGAGCUUUUGGAACCCGGUUUGCUGGAGUUGGAUCCGGAAUCAUCAGAAUGGGAAGAGUUUUUGCUGGGAGUGAAAGUCGGGUUACUUUGCACAGCACCCGACCCGCAUGACCGACCCAGCAUGGCAGAUGUUGUGUUCAUGCUUGAAGGGUGUCGGGUGGGACCGGAUAUUCCAUCAUCAGCUGAACCCACCUCCCAACCUUCCCCUGCGUAAAUCCGGAUCUGUAUUGACCCGAAAUAACCCGAGUUUGUUUUGUUAACAUUAAUUUUCUAUUGAUGUUAUUUGAAUGUAGUUGAGGAAUUUGAUAUUUAAGAAUCCAUCGAUUUUAGGGUGUGUAUGUUUCAUGUUUGUAAUCAUCUUAAAUCUUAUAGGGAGGUGAUUUUAAUUGAA